AUGGCUCCAUCAGGACUUGCAAUCCUCAUCGGCGCAGGCCCGAAUACCGGCGCCGGCAUAGCUCGAAUCCUUUCACAUCCUUCCUACGGUAAUCUUGCCGUCGCACUUCUUGCCCGAAGCCCCGAGCCUCUUCAGGAGCUAACCAACAGUCUCCGCUCUUCCAACCCGGGAGCCGUGCUCGAAGCAUUCCCCACCGACACAUCGCCCGAUUCACUAAAGAAGACCUUUUCUGAUAUCGAGAAACACCCCUCCUUCAAGGACCUGAAGCUCCGCUUAGCAGUUUACAGCGUCAAGCAUAGCAGCAAGAAGCCUUUUCUUGAAGAGACUUAUGAGGACUUCACCGAUUCGCUGGAAACGUACGUUGGCGGGGCAUUCACCUUCGCGCAGGAAUCCAUCAAGCGCUUCUUCGCCGACCACGGCGACACUCCGCUCGCCUCGGGCGGCGCGAAGAAAGGCACUCUGAUCUUCACCGGUACGCUCGGUGCGCUGCGCUGCUCCGCCCAUUUCGCGGCCUACGGCGCCGGGCGGGCGUCGGUGCGGCAGCUGGCGCAGACGCUGGCCCGCGAGAUGUCGGAGAAGGGGAUACACGUCGCCCACACCAUCGCUAAUGGCGCCAUCGCCGACGAGUACGGCGACGACCAGCGCAGCGGUAAGAAAAUGAGUGCCGACUCUGUUGGGAAGACGUAUCUCUGGCUGCAUGAGCAGGACCCCGACCUGUGGACCCACGAGCUGGACAUGCGACCCGCCUGUGAGAAAUUCUAG